AUGAGUAAUGGUAGCUUUAUAGAUUCUGACAAGUUUAAUGGGAGUAUCAAUCACCAAGACCCCCAAGUUGUUGCUUCCAUAUUAAGCGAGCUUACUCAAUGUAUACAUCAGCAGAAUAUUUCAACCAAACCAAAAGACUCGAAAGGAUUCGAACAAUUCAUCAACGAAGACUUACCUGACUACUGGGAUUCAAUUAUUUCUUUGAAUUCACCUUCAAGAAUCCUUCAAAAGGAAUUACAAAAUUUCUAUACAGAAUUAUACACGUUUAUUGCAAAACUAAAUCUACCAGUCAAGUAUUUAGAGAUGCUUAAUGAAUCUUUGAAAGGAUAUAAGGCUCCUUUGGCUAAAUUAUCCCCAAUAAACAUUUCAAAAGAAAAAAGAGCCGAAUUACUUAAGUUCGAUCUUAGAAGUACAAGCGAAUCCUUCAUUAAGGACAAGUUACCCAACAUUUCUCAGCUUGGUAUCCAUCAAAUUAAUGAACUUAUUGGAACUCCUUUCUUAUCUAAAGUAUUACAGAUGAUCAAAGACCGCACACUUAGUUCCCAGCAGCUUACAGAGCUUAUCAAGACAUUCAAUCAGAUCCAACCUUUCCUGAAUCCAAUAUAUGCUGUAAUAAUUUUACAAAUGCUUGCUGAUUGCAUUAUUCAGAUAUUACCAAUAGAUACUACACCAGCAUCUAUUGCAUGCCCAUUCCUUUCAAGCAACGCUAAGUCAAUGGUUGAAAAAACUGAUGAAAUUUUACACGCAUUGACAUCAAUUGACAUAAGUCUUAAUGUCCAGACAGAGUUCUUCAUUGUCGAUUGCAUAUGUAAAUUCGUCCAAUUCAAUGGUUUACACAAUUCUGCUCUUGAUGUGAAGAAAGAGCUUAUCAGAGCAGCCAAAUCCAAGAACACAGCACUUAUAUCACUUGUUAUUAAGAACCUUACAAUAAUUAGUGAGAGAACUCCAUUUGAUUUAUCUGAUAUUACAGAAUUACUCUCUGCAUCCACGAAAUACGAUGGAAACGAGCAUUUAGUAUCAAUUACCCACCUUUUACCACUCGUUAAAGAGCAAUUGGACAACUUUGCCAUGGAAUAUCUUUCGACCGGCAAAUUAUAUCCUCCUUUAGACUGUGCAUUGAUAGAUCGGACAAAGAAGGACAAGCUCAGAGCAGAAUUGUUCGAUCACGCCACAUCAAACAUCACAGUUCUCCAAUCCAUUGACUUUUCCACGAUAAAACAAUGCAGAUAUGUCUGGAAACAACUUCUAAACGCCUGCCAGAUGAAUAUCUCCAUAGAAAAGUUCAUUACUUUGUCGUGUUUCCUUCUCGCGAACCCCAAUUGCGAAGCCAUGCCCGUAUACCUCAAAAAAGCAAUUCAAAUUGCAAGAAUGAAUCCGGCCAUCAUCACUUCACUUUUGCAAUUUUCAAAAGUAAUAAAGAACAUUGACAUUUCUAGUGUAUACAACACAUUGCUUGAUGAAGCAUUAGCAAGUGUUGGAACUAGUGAUAACAAUGUCACAUCCGGAUUAUUCUCUUUGCUUUCGACAUGGACGGAAUGUUACGAAUACUUGAAACCAGAAGAAGUAAUUGACAAACUGAAAACCGUUAAUUUCAUUCAAUUUCCUUUACAAAUUCCACACUUCAUUGAUGUGAUUACCAGUCGAUUAGAAGACAAGAAUUACGUUGUUCCUCUUCUGAUGUCAUUCUUGAAAUCGACAAUUCCAGAAAUCCAUUCACAUUGGCUUGUCCAUUCAUUAUUCAAACUCAUUCUCAACGAUGACAAAAUAAUGGAUGAGUUCGUUGACACUUUAAUAAAUAAUUUCUCAGAGAACAGAUCGAGAAACGCCGCUGUUUUAAUGGACGCUGUUUGUUUGGAAGCUGAUUUCUUCAGAAUUGAUGAUGAAUUCGGUUUAGUACAAACAGUUACAUUUACAAGUGACAGCAAGUCAACAAUAACAAAACAGUUGUCAUUCCAUCCUUUCCAUUCAUCAAGAAGAAUAUAUUUCGCGGCUGGAAAAGCAAUAAAUUGUGAAGUGUCAAAUUUGGCUUUACUUUACAACGACGGUUAUGACGAUAUCAUGUUUAGGUUCAAUACACCAUUGACAUCCUUCCAUUUAGGUUCGAAACCAAUCAUUGAGUUCAGAGCAGAGAGAAUCAAAGAAAACAUCGAUUUGAGCUAUAUAAUGGGAGCUCCUUAUGAUGAAGUACAAAAAUGUCACUUUUUGAACAGAUUAACACAAAAGAUUCCAGAAUUAUUUUCACAGAUAAAUGGGUUUGACAUUAUCGCACAGCGUAUCUUUUUAAUUCUCAUGUUAUUUGAGCCUUUCACUGAUCUUCCUCGUUGUUCACAUCCUCUUCAACAUGUAUUCACAAACACUGUUCGUGAUGCAACGAAUUUGACACAGGCAACAAGAAUUUUCCCUUAUGUGUUGAGGGCAGCAGCGAGAUCAGCCAAAUCAAUAUCAAAGGAAUUCCUCAAACAAGUCGUUGACAAUCUAACUGAUGAUACAUUGGAUGCUGUUAGUUUAUCAAUUGCUUGCCAAGUUUUACCAUUUUUCAAUGUAACUGAAGUGUUUUCUUCCAAUGAAAUUAAGAAGUUUUUGUUGGAUUGCAACAAAGUAUUAGUUAGAAAGGCAAUUAUUCCUUUGAUUUCUGAUCAAACACCCGUUGAAGCUUUUGUUUCUUUGCUUCCUUUGACAACAAAACCAGAAUACAGAGCGAAAACAUUCGAAUUCUUCGAGGCAAUGUCGAAAUUUGAUUAUCCAAAAGAUGUUUUAGUCGAAAUCUACAAAGAUCUAACACAGUUUGAGAUUUCUCAUUAUUUGGAUGUCGAUCAAACCUUCAUUUGUCUUUGUAAGAGAUUGCCAAGAACAGAUGAACUCGUACAAUUGACAAUCAAAAGAUUAUUCUCUCCCCCAACAUGUACAAACUUAAAUGCUCCUUUUGUUCAUACUCAGGAAGCGUUUUCCGCUGGUUUGGAGUUCAUUAGGACAACAAAAUCUGUUCAAAUUCUUUUAGAAAGAUUAAGAACAGUUCCAAAUUGUCCAAGACAACAUAUGGAACUAAGUGAUGAUUUCACAUACAAAGGAAGAUGUGGAAUCAACAAUUUAGGAUCAACAUGUUAUGCAUCUGCAAUUAUCCAAACUCUUUCUACAAUUCCUACUUUAGUUUCUGAUAUUCUUAAGUUGUCAAAUGAACAAUUAAAUACUCCUUUCUUGAUUAAUUUAAGAUCACUUCUCGCACAGAAUGUUUACGCGAGAGGAUCAAUAUUAAACGUGAAAGGAAUGAUGGAAGACAGGAAUGGAUUCGAUCCUUACAUGCAAGAAGAUGCUGGAGAAUUCUUGAAUACUGUUUUGAACUCAAUAAAUGAUACUGUUUCCGGUGGAGAAAACAUCAUGAAACUGUUGACAGGAUCAGAAUCAGAAGGUUUCUAUACAACAGACGGACAAUUGAUAUCUAAAAGAGAUAGAACAUUUACUCAAUUACAAUUAGUAACUGAGAAAAUGACAAAUCUAUACGAAAGUUUCGAAAAGAACUUCCAAGAAGAAGUGAUGCAUGAUUACAAGAUCAAUGAAGUUACUGGUGAAAGAGCUGAUGUUAUAAGAAGAGCACAAAUCACUAAAUGGCCUGAUUAUUUGGCUUUGACAUUAAGUAGAUAUGAAUUUGACUUGAAAUCUGCAACAUACACAAAAUUGACACAUGAAUUCGAUUUCCCAAUGGUUUUGCAAGGAAAUAUGCUUGAAAAGACAACGAAAUCGAAUCCUGGAUGCAACUACAAUUUGACAGCUGUAAUUUUGCAUACAGGAACAACAGAGAACGGACAUUAUACAGCCCUUGUUGAAGGAGAAGACAAAGAAUGGUAUGUUUGUGAUGAUGAAUCCGUUGAUUAUUUCUCACAGGCACAAAUUCCGUCAUGGUCAUUUGGAGGUAUAGAAAAUGUAGAUGAAAAAGGAAGAAUUAUGACAGCUUAUUUGUUAUUGUAUAGAAGAAAUGAUUAUACAUCAAUUUACCCUGAGAUUCCUCAUGAUUUAGAGCCAACAAUUGAUGAAACAAAUGCAAGUGCAUGGUCAUCAAUUAUCUUUUAUUCUCCUUCGUUCGUUGAUUUCAUUAGAAAAUUACUUUUGGAAAACCAAAAUUCAGUUCAAGUUCUAGAAUUAGCUGUAAUGGUUUUGUUCAAAGUAACUGUUCCUGAUCCCAAGAGAUUGGAGUUAUUCGCUCACGAAAUGUCCGAAGUCAUUUUACAAAGCGAAUCUCGCUGUGAAACAUUUUGUGAAUUAAUUGAUAACAGAGUUGGAGAUUCAUUGCAAUCUUUACUUUGUUACAGCGAUUUCUCCUUCAAAUAUCUCGGUCCAUUGAUGAUUUCCGCCGUUGAAAGAAUAACAAGCAAUACAAGGCCAAUCUACAGAUUGCUUAAAUUAGUUUCUUUCUCUCCAACGAAAAGAUGUGCGGCUUUGGCACAUGAUUUCAUAACAACUGCAUUGAAGAAAUGCGUAAAUGUUGAUUGGACGAAUGAAGACGAAUUGCUGCUUUUAAUGGCACAAAAUAUUGUCCAAGACACACCAAAGGAAUCUCAGAAACCAAGCAGUUACAUGACAUAUAACGCUGUCAGCGCGAUUUCUCAAGUUUUACUUGAAGUUUCUGAAGUCAAAAUUUCUGAAGCGAUGUUGAAAUUGUUUGAACCUUCCAGUUUGGCUCAGAUUGUUUCUGUUGCAAGGAGGUGCGAGACAUUCAUUGAAUUAUUGACUGUUGUUGCUGCACAAGACCAGGAGAUGCUUGAAGACCUCAAAGACAGCAGCAAAUCCAACAAAGAAAUACAGUUAUUGUUAGUUUCUGUUGCAGCAAAUUCUGCUUCGAUUGGAGAAGAAAUUCCAAGAGCAAACUUCGAUUUUAUCUGGCAUUCCAUUUUCGAUCUGAUAUUCCAUGACACCAAAGAUGUCAGACAGAAUAUAAUGAAUGCUGCAAUGAAGUUACUAAAGACUCCGGAUCAAAGAGCAAUUGAUUUCCUUAAAAUGUCACUUUUGGAUGAAAAUUUGACAGCUCCUCCAUUUUACGACGGCAGCUCAUUGGUUUAUUAUUUCGCGGGCUUGACACCUAUUAUUUAUAAUAGACUGAAAGCAAGCAAGAACGCCAAACAAGAGAACACGAAUUUCGAAGCAAUUUCUCUUGUUAUUCAUGCUUCUUUGUUUUCUCCUUCAUCGAUUGUUCCUUUCUUCAGCCAGGUGAAUGAAGUGCUUGAGAAUUGCCAGUCUCCGAAGGUAAUACAAGGCUUGGCAACUCUUUGCCACCAUGUCAUCGUUUUCGACAGAAAAAUGCAAGAUAAACUGUCAGAAAAAGCAAUUCAGAAAAUUUUCUCGCUUGAAAAACCUGGCGAAGAAGUUAUGCAGCUCUUGAAGUUGUACAAGAACUUAGCUGAAGGAACGCCAGUUCUAAGUGCUGCUGUUUCUUUCGCUUUGUCCCAGAAAACAACUCCAAUCGGAUCGAUGAUUGCUGAUAUUGUUUCAGAAGUGAAAGUUGCAAAUUACGCAGUUCCUGUUGAGGCGAAUGGAAUGGAGAAUAUCAAGUUAUGCGUCGCUUUAUUGCAACAAGAGAAGAAUAGAACAAGAAGAUCUGCUGUUUUGGAUUAUUUGUUGUCUGCUUUGACUUUUGCUAAGCCAAUACAUUUGUUUAAGAAUACAAAAACAGUGUCGAAGGCUAUCGAAAUACUUAAGGAUGAAAGACAUGAAAAACUAUCCACGAUUUUAUCUGUUUAA